AUGACUUCUCCACAGAUCAAACGCUAUGUCAUUGUGGGCAUGGGCGUUAGAUCUGCGUUCUACUACCAAAGCAUCAUCCAAGACUUCAAAUCGAGCGCUACAGUCGUUGGCAUAUGCGAUACCAAUGAGACGCGCAUGAAGGCUGCAAAUGAUCGCAUUGCCGAGAUCGGCGGCGAACGCGUCCCGAUGUACAAGGCAGAAGACUUCGACAAGAUGGUCAAAGAGCAAAAGGCCGACGUUGUAAUCGUCACUACCAUCGACAAGUUCCACCACGUAUACUGCAUCCGCGCUAUGGAGCUGGGCUGCGACGCGAUUACCGAGAAACCGAUGACUAUCGACGAAGAGAAGCUGCAAGCCAUGAUCGAUGCGGAGAAGAGGACAGGCAAGCAAGUUCGUGUUCUCUUCAACUAUCGAUACGCACCUCACCACACGAAGCUACGCGAGCUUGUCGAUUCCGGAGUCAUUGGUGAAAUCUCGACGGUACAUAUGGACUGGAUUCUGGAUUGCGCACAUGGAUCUGACUUUAUGCGACGAUGGCAUCGAAACAAAGACACCAGUGGUGGUAUCCAGAUGCACAAGUCCAUUCAUCACUUCGACCUGGUACAUUACUGGCUGAACACGGAACCCGAGAUGGUCUACUGCGUCGGUAGCUUACGCUUCUACGGUAGAGAGAACGCUGAGCGACGUGGAGAGAAGAAUCUAGGCGAACGCUAUCUCAACAACGAGGCUGCAAAAGACGAUCCGUUUGCCAUUCAUAUCGACCAGAACGCCCAAUUGAAGAAGUUGUACCUCGAGGCUGAGCACGAGGAUGGCUACAUCCGUGACCGCAACUGCUUCGCUGAUGGCAUCACUAUCGAAGACAAUCUCUCCAUGAUUAUCAAAUACAAGAAUAAAGCCGUCAUGACCUACAACACAUAUGCCUAUGCGCCAUGGGAGGGAUAUCGUUGCGUGUUCAAUGGUAGCAAAGGCCGCAUUGAGAUAAACGUCGUCGAAGGCGGGUACUCAGCGGGCGGUGAGACUGUCACCAACGAAGGGCUCGGUGAGCUCGAAGCAAAUUACAUCCAAGGUGGCGUGGAGAAGACGAAUAUUGUGGUGUAUCCCUUGUGGGGACAGCCUUAUGUCGUUGAUGUUGUCAAGAGCGAAGGCGGCCACGGAGGAGGCGAUCCCCUGCUUCUUCGAGAUGUGAUCGCUACGAGCGAUGGUGAAGACAGCUUCAAACGGGCUGCGUACAUCCGGGAUGGCGGUAAUGCUGUCCUUGUCGGUGUUGGUGCAAAUCGCUCCAUGGAGACCGGCAUGCCUGUCCAAGUGCAGGAUCUUGUCAAAUGGUAG